AUGCCCAGCUCUUCUUCAGCCCUUUUGCUGCAGGCGUCUGCCACACUGCUGCUUCUGUGGUGGCAGUGGCCAGAGCCAGUGAUGGCUGAGGUGGCAGAGAAGGAGCAGAGCUGUUUGCGUUGGAAUCAACCGGAAGGAAUUGACGACCGUGGCCUCUCUCAGAAUGGAGAUGUGGUCAUUGGAGGGCUUUUUGUUGUGCAUAACCAACCACCUACUCCAGACCUAAGCUUUAUCAGGACACCUAGUCUCAAACCUUGCUUCGGUUUCCAGAAGCAACCUUACCGUUGGGCCCAUGCUUUGGUAUUUGCUGUUGAGGAGAUAAACAGGAACCCCUACCUCCUCCCAGGAGUGCGGCUGGGUUAUCAAAUCUUAGAUAACUGUAGCCGUUACCCCUGGACAUUAAGAGCAGCAAUGUCUUUGAUCAGCGGAGGGAAUCAUUCAUGUAAGUCUACUGGACCUGUGCGUGUUAUUAUAGGGGAUGCAUCUUCUACUCAAACUAUCAUGCUGUCCAGAACCCUCAGCCCUCUGCAGGUGCCACUGAUCAGCUAUCAAGCCAGCUGUGCCUGUCUGAGUAAUAGACGAGAGUUCCCCAACGUUUUCCGCACAAUUCCCAGUGAUGUUUAUCAGGCUCGCACCAUGGCCUACCUUGCUGAGCAUUAUGGGUGGACUUGGGUGGGAGCUGUGGUUGUGAAUAACGACUAUGGACUACUGGCAGUGCAAGCCUUCCGAGAGAGGGCACAGGGCACUGGGACAUGCCUGGCUUUUUUUGAGACGUUAAACCGCGAGACCUUGGCCCAGGACGUGGAUCGGGCAGCAACUACUGUGCAGAUGUCUUCAGCACGGGUGGUGCUGGUGUUUGCCUGGUACACAGAUGUGGAGGCGCUGCUGCUGGAGCUUGCCCGCAGGAACGUGACCGGUAGACAGUUCCUGGCCAGUGAGGCCUGGAGCACCAGCUCAUACCUACUCAAUAACCCUGCCCUGAGAACUAUUGGGAAUGGAGUCCUGGGAGUGGCCAUUAGGAGUGCACCCAUCCCAGGACUAGAGGCACACUUGCGUAAGCUUCAUCCCUCCCAACACCCUGGAGACGCCCUUCUGAGAGACCUUUGGAGGGAGGAGUUUGGUUGUGACCCUGACAGUGAGUCUGGUCCUGACUCCUUACCACCCUGUAGUGGGACAGAGAGUCUGGAAGGGGUGCAAAGCACCUUCACAGAUACAACUUAUCUUCGGGUGACUUAUAAUGUAUAUCUGGCUGUGUAUGCUGCUGCACAUGCCUUCCACUCUCUACUGUCGUGCAGUCCAAUACACACAGAGAUGAACACUAGCCAGCAGUGCUCCAACGACUACAAUAUCAGUGCGGCUGAGGUUUUGCAACACCUCAGUCAAGUGAAUUUCACCACUCAGCUCUGGGAGAAUUUUGUCUUCCAUGGUGGGGACAUCCCAGCUGUCUAUGACCUUGUGAACUGGCAGGGCCCCAACGGAGUGCUGAAGUACAUCACAGUUGGGCGUGUGGAGGGAUCCAAGCUGCAUCUGGAAGAGUCAGCCAUCUGGUGGGCAACUGGAUCCCAAGUGCCAGUCUCUGUAUGCAGCGAGUCCUGUCCUUCAGGAACUCGAAAAGCGAGACGGAAGGGAGAGCCAAUCUGCUGCUUUGACUGCCUUCCCUGUGCAGACGGAGAGAUCAGCAACACAACUGAUUCUCUGACUUGUGAUCGAUGCCCUCUGGAGUUCUGGUCCAACGAUCAGAAGAACAUGUGUGUUCCUCUCACUGUGGAGUUUCUCUCUUUCACUGACGCCAUGGGCAUCACUCUCACAACUGUUGCUGUGUCAGGUGCUGUGAUGACAGCAGCUGUAGCUGUUGUGUUUCUGUACAACAGACACACACCCAUUGUGAAGGCCAACAACUCUGAGCUCAGCUUCAUGCUCCUGAUGUCACUCAAGCUGUGCUUCCUGUGUUCUUUGUUGUUCAUGGGUCAGCCAACAGAGUGGUCAUGUCGCAUUCAACAAGCAGCUUUUGGGAUCAGUUUUGUCUUGUGCAUCUCCUGCAUCUUGGUAAAGACUAUAGUGGUCCUGGCUGUCUUUCGGUCAGCAAGACCUGGGUCUGAUUCUGUGAUGAAAUGGUUUGGACCAGGUCAACAAAGAGGCAGUGUUUUUCUCUUUACCUGUGUGCAAGUGGUUAUAUGUGCUGCAUGGCUAUCUUUGAAACCUCCUCAGCCUCACCGUAACAUUGGGCUUAAAAUCAUACUAGAAUGUACAGUAGGAUCAGUGGCAGGGUUUGCAACAUUACUUGGCUACAUUGGUCUGCUGGCAGCCAUUUGUUUUUUGUUGGCAUUUUUUGCUAGGAAGCUUCCAGAUAAUUUCAAUGAGGCCAAGUUCAUAACCUUCAGCAUGGUCAUUUUUUGCGCCGUGUGGAUUGCUUUUGUUCCUGCCUAUGUGAGCUCACCAGGGAAGUAUGCCAUUGCCGUGGAGAUCUUUGCAAUUCUGGCAUCCGGUUUUGGCCUUCUUCUUUGCAUAUUUGUCCCAAAGUGCUUCAUAAUCUUACUCAGGCCAGAGAAAAAUACAAAGAAAUUUCUAAUGGGAAAGACACAGACUCAACAAUAAAAUAUUGAAAACCUCAGUCCUCUUGUAGCAACGGGCAAGAGGCCAAUAUUUACAAAAUAAA